UCGGAAGAAUGGAGAGAGCCGGACCUUGAACCUUUCGGAAGAGGAAGCAUUCGAUGACGAUUUCUGCGUGACAAAUGUUUUUCAAUGGAAAUUUUUAUCCCCAACUCCCCAAGGAGGGGGUAAAACUUUAACCCGUGAGAGUUUGAUAGGGAAAGUCCAACGUUUGUGGGCCUUUUUAUUUCAUCGGUCAAGUAGUCUUCGAAUCGGUGGCGAAUUGGUUAAAAAUGCCUCAAGCAUCUAGGAAAUUGUUUAGAAAUAGCUGCUCCAAGGCGAGGUUAUACCUUUCGCCCCUUCAAAGGUACUCGUCACUACUUUAGGCCUUUCUGAAGUAUGCUCGUGAGGGAACAUAGGAUGAAAUGUUCAAUUCGCAAGCUAGGCAGUUGCUCAGUCAGCUGAUAAGAAUUCGUUAUGUGCCAUAAUGAGAUUAUAAGUAAUGAUUUAAAGACGUGAGCAGACCAACUAACAUGUUAAUGAACACCUGAAGACCUUUGGAAAAGCCACGUCAUAGGGGAAUACGUAUGUCGAAAGACAGGCGAACCUUGACGUUGAUUGAAGAAGCUUUAAUGGUCGGUGUCGAUUGUUGUUUGGUAAAAAACGUGUAAUGUCCAUAAUGUUAUUGUUAUUUAAAAUAGGUUAGCGUGAAAAGAAAACACUUUUUAACUGUUAGGCUACAAAUUAAUGUAUAUGAUUAAGUUUUAUGAGGACGUUACCAAAAAUACCUUACUUACAGUCUUUUUUUGUCAUUGAAUUUUUUAAUAUCUCCAGGAGUAAAAGACUAAAUUUGGCAACUGAUUUGACAUUUGACUUAGGCGGUAAACAUGUUGUUACCAUCAGGCUUUUAAAAGUCUCGGAAAUAAUAUACUACAUCCUUAAAGAAACAUCAUUUGAGUUUACUUAUCAAACAUUUAAAAUAAACAAAUCAACAGUAAAGCAGACAUUGAAGUAAGGUGGACUGACGUGCACACAAACUAUAACUUAGGCAGAAGCACUCUUGAAUUCUUUAGAAAUUGCUCGAAGUGCUCCUGUUCACAGCUCAGGUGUGACGAGGAACUGCAUCAUUCAGUUGCAGGUUUGGUGGUUGAAAGUUCUCAACAAAUCCUUAACAAGCUCUCGAAGAUAUCUGCGCGAACGAAGUAGUACAUUUGAGGAGUGAAUUUCUGCCACGUUUCGCUAAAUGAAAAAGGAAUUUUAUUGAAGCGCUCGCUAUCUGCGGUCAAGCCUUUGGUUAGCGACGGGAAAAUAUCAAAAGAGACUUCCUUGUUUAAACUCCCCCGCCAAGAUUUAGUGCUUAUUUUAGCUUCGUAAACAACGUUGGUUCCAACAUUUGUUCUCAAGUGCUUUCUAACCGACUUUCAAAUUCAUCUGCAUGUGGUUGCACGAUUCAAAUCUUGAAUUGUAUAAGGAAACAUGGAUCAAAGCAAACUGUGUGAUUUAAACGACGAGAUUCUAAAACGAAGGUUUUACAACUGUAUGAUGAACUCGUUUCUUCCAGACAAGAUAUCCCAAACGCCUGCGGCGCUAUUGAAUGGCUAUUUUGCUGAAAUUGUAACGAUCAACACAACAAACUCGAAGUGUCUCCGCUCAACCCCCGUUCACCACAAUCAUCAUCGCAAGUUCCACAAACAUUCAAAGGACCAUGCGAUUUAUCACAUCCAAGAUCAGUUCCUUGAGGAUAUACCAGAAGAACAACCUGAAGUAACGAGCAUGUUGGGAAGCUGUCCUGAUCAUCAAAAAGAGAAACUAAAGUACUUCUGUGAAACGUGUGAUGAGCCCAUUUGCUUGGACUGUACAGUCAUGGAGCACAGAAAACACAGAUUUUCUUAUCUUCGAGACGUUUAUCAUAAGCAAAAACACAGUAUGGCAAGCCUACUAGGACAGGGAAAAACCCAAAUGGAGAACACGCGAAAAUCUUUAAACGAAAUAAAGAACUUGUUGUUUAAACUUCAAGAAGAACGGACGAGUAUGGAAAAAGCUGUUCAGGAGCAUACGCAGAUUUUAAUUGCGUCUUUACGACAACAGGAAGAAAAAUUGUUGAAUGAACUCAACAGCGCAUUUAAAACCAAGGAGAGCUCUCUGCGGAAAGAGAAACAACAUUUUGAGUUGAUUCUUGAACGUUUAAUUAGCAGCUGUCGGUUUACUGAGAGAGCCAUGAAAAUCGGCAAUGAGUUGGAAAUUUUAGUCAUUCAAAAGCACUUGAAAAGAAGGUUGAAUGAAAUUUCAAACACUAGAAGAGACUACAGUACAAAGAAUUACAGGAACAUAUACUUUUUUCACGACGAAAACUCAAUCGCGACUACUCGGAAAGCUCUCGGUUAUGUCGUUGUUUCCGAUACAUGCUCGGAUUUAUCCACGGCGAAUGGUGACGGACUAUUAAAGGCUCAUGUUGGUACACCAGCAGAAUUUGUCGUGAAGGCGAAAGGUUUCGACAACCAGCCGAAAAUGUGCGGUGGAGAUCUCGUAACGAUCGAUGUGCGAAGUCCAAAUAACUCAACUGUUAGAUCGGAAAUCGUAGAUAGAGGCGACGGAAGUUAUACAGUCGGUUUUACUCCGAGUCUUAACGGCGAGCACGAAGUUGGAAUCUCAAUCCAUCAUCAACCCAUCAAAGGGAGCCCAUUUAAGGUUAUGGUUACCAAUCCCCGGAUUUACAACAACGUAACGCGUCCAGCCUUAUGUGUUGGAGGCCUGGGGGAAGUUAAAGGAAAGUUCAAGCUUCCUUGCGGCGUGGCAGUCGAUAGCGAAGGGAAAAUCCUCGUCGCUGAUUGCCAAAAUAAUCGUGUGCAGAUUUUCGACCCUCAAGGAAAGUUCCUCAAGAGCUUUGGAAACCAAGGAGACAAAAACGGACAACUGAAUCACCCCACAGAUUUAGCUGUCGACAGACAUGGAAACAUUGUUGUUUGUGAUAAGGACAAUCACCGCGUCCAGAGAUUCACCAAGGAAGGCGUCUUCAUCAACAAGUUUGGUAGUUAUGGUGAGACACAAGGCAAGUUCAAACGGCCGUGGGGUGUUUCCUUAGGCAAUGAUGACGAAAUCAUUGUCACCGACCGGCGCAAUAGCAGGGUUCAAAUUUUUAAGGAAGACGGCAGCCUGUUGCGCGUACUUGGUUGCCAUGGAAAUGCGCAUGGACAGCUUGAUCACCCUUAUCACGCUAUCAUGGACGCUAAAGGAGAAAUAUUUGUCACAGAUAGCAACAACCACGCUGUCAAAGUGUUUGAUUCAAACGGGAACUUUGUGAGGGCGAUCGGUGCAGGGGAAAAUGGUCAAUCAAUGCUUAGGUAUCCAACGGGAAUUGCCUUCGACAUGGACAAUCACGUGAUUGUAUCCGAUCAAUACAAUCAUCGGGUUCAAGUUUUUAACGAGGAUGGGAGCUUAAAGGCAACUCUUGCCUCUGGACUCAAUGGCCUCGCCCAGAAAUGUUAUCCCAAGGGUGUGGCCGUUUCUCCAGGUGGGUAUAUCAUUGUUGCCGAUAGUGACAAUCACCGAAUUAUUGUGCUGUAAGUCUGACUUGUCGGAGGGCGAGGUUUGAAGUAAAAACUUCGCUUUCUAAAUAGAUAAAUAGUUUACUUAGUUUAGGUGGAAACUUUUUUGAGCCGUAUUAUUAUAGAGAAGCCAGACUUGCUUAACCUGUAUAUUUUAUCCCUAAAUGUAGUUGUCUACUUGAUCGGGGAAAAUUCUUACAGGUUUCUCUGGAGGUUCAUAGCCCAGCGACUCAGUCAAAGACUCAAUGCUUGAAACGGCCAUAAUAUCUGACGGGCGCGAAUUACGCCGGAAAAAUCAGCGAUGCAACGCAAACCCCGGCGGCCACAUCAGCCAAAAAGUCGGCAAAAACAAAAUAUUUGAUAUGUAGAGCAAUGGCUAUGCUUUUAAAGCCCUGUACACAUGUAAGCUUUCCCCUACAAGCUGACAAAUUAACAAAUUUUACUUUAUUUGCCUCUACGAAUGGGAAUCCCUACAGCAAUUGUGCCUGUUUUUAUUUGGAACUCAAAACAGUCUUCACAUGUUCAACUAAGGAGAGGGUCCUAUGCCUAACACCAGUGCUCACUGCUAACUACUAUUCACGAAAUCCUUGUGGAAAAUGCCCGUGGAUUUCAAAUUGUCGUUCCCCAAGCUGUAGUCGUCGUGAUUUUUUUGAAGUUUCCUACUGCUAUUAUGAGUAGAGCUUGCACACGUGUGUACGAAACAUUUGAUCCACCAUAAAGACAAUCGUUUCAUGAAUUCCACUUAACAACCGAGUCGUGUCAAAAAUAGUCGGUAAACAGCUCUCAAGGAAACGGCAAAAACCAAAAAAUUUUAUGGUGCCAGACGAUUGUUCAAAAUUAAGGUAAUUCAUGAUGUUUCUGGAUUAAUCGUCCCUUACAAAAGCUGAGCCAAGCUCUGUAGAACUGAAUACAAUUAUAUUGGAUUCCCAAAAAAAAAGAACAUUACAUAGAAAAUAUAAAGUAAAUUUGUAAAUAAAUUUAUCGUUUCAGUCAUUUUUGAAAUUGACACCUUCACUUUUAUUAAAAAAAAAAUAAUAAUCAUGGAGAAUUGGUCAUCAUACUUCAAAGCCUUUGUAAUGUAUUCACCUCGUGGAGGAAAAAAAUAUAUCUAAAACGUUUAUGAUAAGUUUAUUAUAUCGAUAUAUUAUAUCUAUUAUAUUCUACGGUGUCUUUUAAACACGAAUUAUAUCUCUGGGUUAAUUACUUUGAAUAUUAUUCAGUUACGCCAAAUAUGGAAAAUGUUGUUCUGGUGUUAGUUAGAAUUUUUAGGAAGUUCUCAAAAUAUUGGAACAUUAUAUACAAUGGAUUUCCUCACAGUAUAUUUACUGACAUGAUUGAAAAGUAGAGCUACAGUAUCAUGCAUAAUUACCUCGAUAAAGGUGAUAGAAACAAGUUAUGAAAUAACUGUGAUACUUUGCAAGCUCUGAUUGGUCAAUAACUCAUGCAUAAAUAAUUUUACUUUGUAACUCAAAGGAGUCAAAGAACACUACUCUCAAUAUAUGCUACAGUCUAGGUAACUAUAAGUUAUAAUAAUAUAACUACAAUUGUUUACUAUCAAAAA